GCUGAUGAACGCAAUCUGACAAUGACACGGAGGAACAAUAACGAAGUUUGUGACAUUUUAAAAUGGGGCUUUACAGUUGUUUAUCAGUUAUCUUAAUAUUUGCUUAUUUAUUUUGUCCAUCGCUUGUGAAUAACAUAGGCCUGGUGUUGUUUGCGUAUUCACCAUUUGAACACCGUGCGAUAUAAUCAUGGAUUUCGUUCUCGGCGGCGUAGCUGCGUGCGGUGCUUGCUUAUUCACAAACCCGUUGGAGGUUGUGAAAACUCGGAUGCAAUUGCAAGGUGAGCUGAAGAGCCGAGGAACCUACCAAGUUUAUUAUAGGAAUGUAUUUCACGCCUUUUACACGAUAGGUAAAAUAGAUGGACUGCCUGGUCUACAGAAAGGUUUGGUACCCGGGCUUGUGUAUCAGUUUUUCAUGAAUGGGGUCCGGCUGGGCUCUUACGCCACCAUCGAGUCCUUGGGAUACAUUCACACGGACGGAAGGGUCUCCGCUGCGAAGAGCACACUGGCCGGGGCCGUUGCCGGUGUCGUGGGUGCUGUCAUGGGAAGCCCGAUUUACCUGGUAAAGACACAUUUACAGUGUCAAUCCACUUCCUCUAUUGCAGUAGGACACCAGUAUAAGCAUCAGGGAAUGAUGCAUGCACUGUUGGCCAUCUACAGACAGCAUGGCAUUUUGGGGUUGUGGAGGGGGGCAAGUGCAGCAGUGCCAAGGGUCAGUGUGGGGUCAGCUGCUCAACUCUCCACUUUUUCUGCUUCUAAAGAGCUGGUCACUGACACACAGUUAUUCUCUGAGGGCAGCUGGUUAAUAGCUCUGAGUGCUGGAAUGAUCAGUAGUGUAGUCGUUGUAUUAGCUAUGACGCCAUUUGAUGUAGUCAGCACUCGCCUCUACAACCAGCCUGUGGAUUAUCUCGGCAAGGGUAUAUUGUACCGAGGUUUUGUGGACUGUUUCUCUAAGACACUGAAGAAUGAAGGUAUGACUGGUCUAUAUAAAGGUCUCGGAGCUUCAUACUUCCGACUCGGUCCUCAUACCAUCAUCUCCCUGGUCUUCUGGAACGAGCUGUACGCUUUAUACCACAACUAAAGCUAGCGUCUCACAACAGCCUGAUGUGGGCAUGCCAAUCAGCAAAACGUCAUCUUUAUGAUGUAUUCCUGAUCUGCUGGUUAAAGUAAUUUAAGAUUGUUCUUGUAGUUUAGAGCCUUAUCCAGUAUUUGAGAUAUAAAUGCUUCAUAUUUUACUAAGCUCUAGACAAACAAUAGGGGCAUUUAUAAAAGGUGGUUCUGAUCAGCCAGAACUUGAAAGACACAUAAAAAGGUUUUACAAACAGCCCUUGAAGAGAGUAGACUGAUAAUUAAUAAGAACUAGAUUGAGACCAUUCCUGAAGGACAACCCAGUGCUUGCAAAGCAGCAAAAGAAUAAUGUAAAUCAAUUUAAGUAGGGGUGGACCGGUAUAAUGAUUUUUGGCCGAUACCGAUUUUAACUAAAAUGUUACCUUAUUUUGCUUAAGAAUUAUGCUUUACAAGAUAUACAAACAGGUAUAAAAGCUUUGAACAUAGAUUUGAUCUGUUGGACACAUGACAGGCUAACAUUUUAAGAGAGCCACAAUUAUGGAUAAUGACUCUUGAUGUGGAAAAAAAUAUUUUGCUCUACUAAAACUUUUUAAGCUGAACUGCAGAAAAUGCUUUCCCUUACAAAUGUCACUUCCACAAUGUUAGGGUGUUAUGGGUGGUUUCCAAGGCAUUGCUAUGCAGUUGUUAAGGUGUUUUUAUUUCACAUGUUGGCAUAUGGUUGCUAAUGUGUUCUGGGUGGUUGCUAGGUCAUUGCCAGGUCGUUGAUGGGAUGUUAUGAGUGGUUGCUAGGUAAUUGCUUUUUGGCCCAAGUCAGAAGAGCUCACCUCCAAGUCAUGAUACUAUAUUGCCAAAAGUUUGUGGACACAUGAACAGCAACAUUCAUGUGUGCUUGUUGAACAUUCAAUUUCAAAACCAUAGAUAUUAAUCCCACUCUUUGCGGCUUUAUCAUCUUCCACUCUUCCACUUGAUGUUGGAAUGUAGCUGCAUCAGACCAUCAAGGAGGUCCGUCACUGACGUUGGGCGAUGGACUCUGGCUCACGGUUGGCGUCCAAUUUAUCCUAAAGUUGUUCAGUUGGGGUCUAGGCCAGUAAAGAUCUUCCACACCAGACUCAGUACAUUAUUUCUUUAUGGACCUCGUUUUGUCAUGCUGGAACAGAAAAGGGCCCUCCCUAACUGUUAAACCAAUGUUAGAAGCACACAAUUGUUUAGCUUUAGCAUUAAGAUUUCUCUUCACUGGAAUUAAUGGAAUAGACAAACAUGUUAAUUGAAAGGGGGUGUCCACAAACCUUUGGCCAUGUACUGCAUUCUGCUCCCUAGAUAUGGCUUAGGUCCCUCCUUCAAUGUAAGUAUAUUGGUAGUCAAUAAGCUGCGCAACAUAAGGUAUAUUUCAUAAGAGUUUGUUUUAAAUGGUUAGAAAAAAAAUGCCCUCAUGAUGGUAAAAGUGCCCCUGAAAAUCAAAUGCCCCUUGAUUAUAAAGCUUAAUUUCAAAAAGUGGUUAAACAAACCAUAGUUUAAUACAUUGUUCAAUCUCCUAAGAAUGAGCAAUAGUCAAAUUGCAAAUUACAAAAAAAAAUAGUUUUUUGAGGAAUUUAAAUACAGUGCUGCAUUGUGAUCAUUGUAAUUAUAAAAACUCAAUUAGAAUGUACCGGAUGCAACAGGAUGGAAUACUUUACACUCCAGAAAAGUUUUGUAAGUGUUAAUGGUAAGAGAACAUAUCUACAUGCAGUUUUAGAAUCAAAGUUACUGUAGAACAAGAAUAACAAUUUGUUAAUGCAAAUAUAUUUUUCCACAAUGUGGAAUGCAUUCAAGUCAGGCCUUUUGUCAUAAAUGCACUUUUGUAAAUAAUUUGUUAGCUGGAAACAUGCUAAAAUAUAUAUCGGUAGACCUUUUUUUUUUUUUUUUUUAAACCCUCUUCGAAGUAAAAUGCAAGUCAUUGCAUCAACAUCACAUGAGUGAACUGUUUUGCUAACUUGCUGCUAAUUAUUAAUAAUGUAAGGAAGGACAAAACUCGACUUAUUUUCUGGACUCAAACUGAUUGGUUAAAACAUAACAACAGACAGUAAUACAUUUGUUUUAAUUUUUUCCCAGCUGUCUAUUUUGUCUUAAUGUUUUUCGAUGCCUCUUAUGUAAGGUUUUCUCAUUUGUUUCCAUUCGUUUUUUUUUGCUGGAACAUUCAUAAAUGUGUAAAAAAGCAACAGAAAUAACUCCCAUCACCUUUAGUUAUGCAAAUGUCAGUUCUUGAUCUUGCAUUCUAAUGUCUCUAAUGUUUAACUGCUGGUCAUGUUUCAUGUUAUAUUUCUAAAGGGCUUUUUCAAAUGUGGCAAGAAUUCCUAAAGACCCAUAUAUACUGUAUAUUUGCAUUGAAUAAUAAGACAUAACUGUCACAGUUUGCCUUACAUUGAAGGUGUUUUUACUGAAUGUGUAGCACUGUUUGAGGCUUUAGAGAAACUAAUGUAACUUACUGUAAUAAAUUAACU